AUGGGAAGUUUUCAUAACUCUCCUAUUUUCUCCAUUCUCUCUUUCUCAAUUUCACGUAUUUUCCAAAUCGUCUCACGAGUCAUCUUCCAACACCCACUCCCUGAUUUUCAUAUUUUCUUUUCCCUAGCAAUUAUGAAAACCUGCUCAUAUCUAUCUAUCUAUCUAUCUAUCUAUCUAUCUAUCUAUCUAUCUAUCUAUCUAUCUAUCCAAGUUACUAGACCAAAAAGUUUUUCUUUGUUUAUUUGCUUCUUUCUUUCUUUCUUUCUUUCUUUUGUUGCUUCUUCCUUCUCUCUUUCUUUUUAUUCAUUCGUCUUUGUUCCUUUGUUUCUUUCUUCUUUUACUUCUUUGCUUUUUUUCUUUGCUUUUUUCCUUUCUUUCUUUCUUUCUUUCUUUCUUUCUUUUGUUGCUUCUUCCUUCUCUCUUUCUUUUUAUUUAUUGUUUUUCUCUCUAUUUUUAAUCGUUUUAAGUUUCUUUGUUUCUUUCUUUUACUUAUUUCCUUUCUUUUCUUUAUUAUUUGCUUUUUCCGUCUUAUUCUCUUUCUUUCUUUCUUUCUUUCUUUCUUUCUUUCUUUUUUUAUUUUUAAAAUUCGGACAAAACUUAUGGGAUGACCUGAUAUCUAUCUAUCUAUCUAUCUAUCUAUCUAUCUAUCUAUCUAUCAGCACUUCAUCCCAAAAAUAUUCCCUGAUUCUAUAUACGAAAUUAAGGGAACUGAUAGCCAGGAAUCGAGAUCUCAUCAAUUGCUCAUAUCUAUCUAUCUAUCUAUCUAUCUAUCUAUCUAUCUAUCUAUCUAUCUAUCUAUCUAUCUAUACCAGCCUGCUCAUAUCUAUCUAUCUAUCUAUCUAUCUAUCUAUCUAUCUAUCUAUCUAUCUAUCUAUCUAUCCCAGCCUGCUCAUAUCUAUCUAUCUAUCUAUCUAUCUAUCUAUCUAUCUAUCUAUCUAUCUAAAUCUGAAAUCCUCUCCCGCCAAGACUCACUCUCCCAGUCUGUUAUAUUUCUGUUUCACCAUUUCUUUCCUAUCUCUCUGGCUCCUUUAUCAUUUUCUUAUGAAUAUUAUAAAAAAACAUAAGGUGAUCUGCCAGUCUGCGACUUUGUCUGGAAUUCGGAGACCAGACACGAAGCAGUCGGCUAAUCCAAAUCAGACUUCUUUAGCGAUAAAACAAAACCAGCCACGGCGAGCCGACAUCUGUGUUGCCUUCCUGAUGUAUGAGGCCGCCAUUUUUCUUACCCGUUUAAAAUGGUUGAAAGCUGAAAUUGUUCUUUCUUACCUCCUGGGUAAUCUUCCCUUAAGAAGCGCUGCACUGGCAGUAUCUAUCUAUCUAUCUAUCUAUUUAUCUAUCUAUCCCAGCCUGCUCAUAUCUAUCUAUCUAUCUAAUCUAUCUAUCUAUCUAUCUAUCUAUCUAGUAUCUAUCUAUCUAUCUCAUAUCUAUCUAUCUAUCUAUCUAUCUAUCUAUCUAUCUAUCUAUCUAUCUAUCCACUUCUUUAAAAAAUCUAUCUAUCUAUCUAUCUAUCUAUCUAUCUAUCUAUCUAUCUCAUAUCUAUCUAUCUAUCUAUCUAUCUAUCUAUACAUGAAUACAUACAUACAUGAUGCAUACUUCUUUAAAAAUCUAUCUAUCUAUCUAUCUAUCUAUCUAUCUAUCUAUCUAAAUCUGAAAUCCUUUCCCGCCAAGACUCACUCUCCCAGUCUGUUAUAUUUCUGUUUCACCAUUUCUUUCCUAUCUCUCUGGCUCCUUUAUCAUUUUCUUAUGAAUAUUAUAAAAAAACAUAAGGUGAUCUGCCAGUCUGCGACUUUGUCUGGAAUUCGGAGACCAGACACGAAGCAGGUGAUGCCUCAAAUGGUUUGCUCGAUAUUUACAUUCUGCAAUUCUUAA